AUGGCUGCUAUUGAUUCACCUCUGUCAACAUCUCCAGCAGUCAAAUGGGCUAUAACUCCAACAGUAUCGACAUUUGCGGAAAAGGCCUUGGGUCAAUGGAACAUUCCAGGGAUGAGUGUGGGCGUAGUGCGUGUGACAGACGCAGGGGAGGUUCAAACUGAUUUUGGCGGAUGGGGAAAAGUCAACGAGGAUGGCGAUCCGCCAACACCUGAUACUCUGUUCUAUAUAGCGUCAUGCUCCAAGGCUUUCCUCGCUAGCGCUAUUGGAAUCUUAAUGGAUGACUUUGCACAAGGACAGAAUGCAAUACCUCUACCCACGAGUAUGCGCGCUUUUACAUGGGAUACCAAAGUCUGCGACCUAUUCCCUAGCGACGAGUGGCUGUUGGAGGAUGAGUGGACGUAUGCAAAGAUGAACAUACGGGACCUAUUGGCCCAUGUUACUGGUCUUGCUGGGCACGACCUUGCAUACAGCGACACUGAUAGUGCCUUGGACAUUGUCAAGCGCAUGCGCCACCUAAAGUCGACCUAUGAGCUUCGAGAACGGUAUUGCUAUAACAACCAGAUGUAUGUCAUGGGUGCACAUAUUGUCACCAUUUACUCUGGAAUGUCAUUUACAACUUUCGUCAAGAAGCGCAUUCUGGUUCCCCUGGGAAUGCAUUCUUCUACCUAUUUUCUUUCGGAAGCUGAGAAGACCGGCCAACUGAGCCAGUCCUGGGCGUCUACAGGCCGACUCAUUCCCCCUUGGCUCAAAGACACUGUUGCAGAGACAAUUGCGGGACCCGGUGGCCUCAUUUCAAAUGUUGUAGAUAUGACCAAAUGGAUGGCUAUGCUUUUGAAUCGUGGUGUCGACCCAAGUACCAAGACCAGAAUCAUGCCAGAGGCUGUUCUAGACGAGACAACGAUGGCGCAUUAUAUAUCCGAACAUGUCGGACCUAAUGCUUAUACGUCUGUCCAAGGCUAUGGUUUGGGUUGGUCGCGUCAGUCUUACUUAGGCCAUGAGAUCGUCAGUCACUCAGGAGCGAUCCCGGGAAUCAAGACUAUCACGUUAAUUCUGCCCUUAGAACGAAUUGGUGUCGUUGCACUGACAAAUAUGGACGGCGAGCACAGGGCAGAUCGUUUAACAUCAUAUCGCAUCAUAGAAGAGCUUCUGGAACUCAAGCAUGCCUCGGACGCAUUGCUUGACCAAUAUGUACCAGUGGCACCAUCGAAAGCGCCCGCCGAAACGAAGAUAGAACCGAAUGCUCCAUCUGAUCCUCCCUCAACUGAAGAGAAAGCAGUACGAGUAGUCCCGUUACCUCUUGAACAUUACACCGGCACGUUCACAAACCCGGCUUACGGCAGCUUCACUCUGUGUACUCCGUCGACUGAAUCUAGCUAUGCUCGUGAAGUCAUUGCCAACUUCGCAAGUUGUUCUGAGCUCGACGACCACGGUGUAGCCCUCUACACAGCCUGGAGGCGCAUGUGGGCAUCUCACGUUCGCUUGCGGCAUCACGAGAAGAACAUAUUCCUGCUAUCAUACUGUGUCCUCUUUCCUCACGGAUACGGCAAAGAUACUACACCGUUUGCAUACAAACAACUAGGAGGCAUGGAGGUCCCGGUCGAGUUCGACGUCCAGGAUGGCAAGGUCGUGGGUUUAGGAAUCUUGGAUGUGGUUUUUGAUCCUCGUCGGCCUCCACACGCUGAGGGUAGUGUUGAGCAAAGAGCGGAUGUUUGGUUCUCAAAGGAAUGUUCGAUCGGUUAG